AUGUCGGAUAUAAACGACGAAUGUGAUGCAUGGAGUAGUGGUGAAUCCGAAGGCGACUCAAUUACAAGUGAUGAUGACAUUUUUGAAAUCAAUGAUGAUGAUCUUCAUUACCUACCCGGAGAAGAAAUAUUUUAUGAUAACCAUUUUUACCCUUCGAUAAAAGAUUUUAUAGGAUCAGGUAGUUCUAUAUCAGAAGAUGCUCCAUUGAAUGGUAAUAAACCAAUCAACUAUUUUCAACUUUUCUUUGAUGAUUUUUUAUUAGAUCUUAUUGUCCAGGAAACUAAUAUUUACCAAAAUCAGAAUCCUGAGCCUGUGCGUCAAAAAAUGGCAGCAUGGGUAGAUGUAACAAGGGAAGAGUUAAAAAAAUUUUUAGGGCUGACAAUUCUUAUGGGUCAUUUGAAAAAGAUUUCACUCGAAGAUUAUUGGAGUACUAACCCUUUGCUAGUUACUCCGAUAUUUCCUCAAACCAUGCAUCGCAAUAGGUACAACCAAAUUUUGCGUUAUUUGCAUUUUCAUAACAAUCAGGUUGUCAUGAAUCACCCUUUGAAAAAAGUAAAGGUUAUAAUCGAUAAUUUGAAUGCCAAGUUUUCACGUUUUUUGAAACCAGGUAAAAAAAUGUGUAUCGACGAAAGUCUUCUGCUAUGGAAAGGCAGAUUGAAAUUCAAACAGUACAUCCCUCUGAAAAGACAUCGUUUCGGUAUAAAACUUUUUGAACAUGUUGAUUGCUCAAGUGGUUACAUACUAAGCUUUAUCGUGUAUACAGGAGCAGAUACAGACUACGAAAAAUUUGGUUUAGGAAUUUCAGGUGACAUAGUUGCUCAUUUUCUAAAACCUUAUUUUGGAAAAGGUCAUGUUAUUUAUAUCGAUAAUUGGUAUUCUUCGGCUCCUUUAUCCGUCUUUUUACAUGAGAAAGAAACUGGUGUUUGUGGAACGGUAAGAAAAAAUAGAAAGGGACUUCCUAAUUUCAAAACGCCUCUAAAGAAGGGCGAAUCAGAAGUUGCUCACAAUAAUCUUUGGAUGGUUGUAAGAUGGUUUGAUAAAAAAGAAGUCUAUAUGAUCACUACCGUACAUGAAUUCAAUUAUGCAGAAACAGGAAAACAAGAAUAUACGACAGGAGCAAAUAUUUUAAAACCAACUUGUAUUAUUGAUUAUAAUAAGAAUAUGGGAGGAGUAGAUAAUGUCGAUCGCCAACUAGCGCUAAGUGAGUCGGUAAGAAAGUCGACUAGAUGGUAUAAAAAGCUCUUCUUCCAUUUGGUAGAUCUUUCAUUGAUCAAUGGACAUGCACUUUAUAAAUUGCAUCAAGAAAAAACGAGUUUCUCUAGCUUUCGAAUGAAAAUAAUUGCUGGUUUGCUGGGUAUUGAGAAAAUUACACCGGCUUUUAUUCAACCACCUCCUUUACGGCUUGUAGGACGUCAUUUUCCUGCAUGCGGAGAGACAAAAAAACGAUGUUACAUGUGCUCUUUAGAGAAAAAAAGAAAAGAAAGUAAAUAUUGCUGUAAGAAAUGUAAUGUGGCAUUAUGUGUCGUCCCAUGCUUUGAGAAAUACCAUACCCUAGGUAACUUAACGGAUAUAAUAUAA